AAACUCCUCCAACAUCUGGAUUCUCCCUUCUGACUCUGACCAAAGACAGAAUCGUCUGAACAAAGACAGAUUUCCACUACUUGAUGUUUCAGUUGCUGUUUUUGCCUAGAAAUUUGCUUCUACCUGUAAGCAAAACAAGGUGACUUUUUUUGGGCAACAAAGGACUACGAGGAAAGGAAUGUCUGGUCCAGACCUGCUGAGAGUUUGGUGAAACUCUGCGUUCGUUUCUCUUCUGAAAUGUAACAAAGAACCUUUGUUUCACAAAUGAGACGAUCAGCUGUUACCACACUUUUUGCAUGUGUCACCAUCCUGCAGCAGUACCAGGCUUUUUAUUUUCUUAUCGCUUCGUUCCUGCCUCUUUCAUCACAUAUGCCCCUCUCUGCGGAAGGAGGAGUUCAUGACCAGACCGAAGAGGACGGUUUCAGCAGGACGUUUACGUGAAGAGAAAUAAAGGAGCACCUUUGGACCUGACUUCUUUUACUCUGAACUCACCAGACCUGAUCAUGGACUGCACAGCCACGGUUUUAAAAACCUGCGCUCGCUCCAGAAGCAAAUGGUGUCRACACCAGAGGUCCUUCGUUCAUCGGUCGCUGAUGCCGGCGACCGGGGUCUGUUGCGUGGGGACCCUAGGGGUCGUCACCCAUGCCUCCACUCUCUUGCACCACUUGCUGACUCACUUGUGCUGUUGCCAGUCCUGUGGGGACAGUCCCGAGCCAUGUCAGGACUGGGAAGAUCAUCCAGUUGAUGAAGAGGAGAGAGAAGGAAGAAGAAAAGAGGAAGAUGAGGCUGAGGAGUUAGGACCACCGCCUUCAGCAGAUGAGGCAGCUGACGUUCUGAUGGCCAGGCUGGGUAUCCUGCUGGGGGAGAAGAUCACCAGUGGAGAGCAGGGGUCUUCUUACCACAGUCAGGAUGAUGGACAGAGAAUUUCUCCUACCUCCAGUUUGGCAAGUAGCAACACCUCCCCCUGCCACACACUGCAGCCUUCUGCCGGGGGGGAGGGCAGCGAUAACAGCAAACUGGCCUUCUCUAACCAUGCCUGUGUGGCCUCCCCCACCUCCACGCUGGAGAGCAGAGACAGUGGGAUCAUAGCCACUAGUUCAGCUCAUCUUGAAGAUCUAGCAUACCUGGAUGAGCAACGAGGACACAUCCCUUCAAAGACGCCCCUCAGAAUGCCCAGACAGAAUUCCAGAAGUCAUAAUCAACACGACCGAGUACAUUUUACUCCGUCUAUCAGCCUGAAGCCGCUCCAGUUUGAAAUUCCUGGGCUCCCRUCUGAUUGGCUGUUCACGGGCAGGGAGUGGCUUUUCCAGGAAAUGGACGCCCAUCUCCGCAUUGACGACCCAAAGACCAACAGGGGGGUGGUGAUCACUGGCAACCUGGGCUUUGGAAAAACAGCCAUCGUCUCACAUCUGGUGGCACUCAGUUGUCAUGGAAGCCGCAUGUGGCCCAGCAGGACUGGGCUCCAAACCAUGUCCAGACAUGCAGAACCAGUUUCUCUCACACAUGAUUCUUCGGGGCGAGGAGGAGAUGGAGGAGGAGGAGGAGGAGGAGGAAGCUGUCCCGGGACUCCAGAGAUGAGGAGGAGACAAGAGAAGGCACUGCGAAGGCUGGCUGGACAGGUCGUCUCAUAUCACUUCUGUCAGGCUGAUAACUGUYACACCUGUCUGGUUCCUGAGUUUGUCCACAACAUGGCGGCCCUGCUGAGCAGCGCCSCUCAUUUGACGGCCUAUGGAGAACUGCUGCAUCAGUCGCCGCAGCUGCAGAGCAUGCUCACUCUGCGCUCCUGCAUCCAGGAUCCGAGCUCCGCCCUCCAGAGAGGAAUCCUGGAACCACUGAACGCUCUCCACAGAGAGAGGAAAAUCCAUGUGGAAGGGGYGGGGCUUAUUGUACUGAUUGAUGGACUAAACGAGGCAGAAUUCCACAAGCCAGACUACGGACAUACACUUACUUCCUUCCUGUCCCUAAACAUCCARAAGUUUCCUCACUGGCUGAAGGUCAUCUGUACGGUCAGGACGAGUCAGCAGGACAUCACUCACUCCCUGCCUUUUCACCGUAUUUCUCUGGACAAGGUGGAGGAGAAUCCUGCCAUAGACCAGGACCUGCAGGGUUAUCUGAUGCAGCGUAUCCACAGCAGUGCUGAGAUUCAGAACAACGUGUCGCUGGGAAAYGGGCGCCUYGACMACACAGCCCUGACUAAACUGAUCAGCCACUUGAAGAGCCUGAGCCGAGGUUCAUACCUCUACCUGAAGCUGACCCUCGACCUGAUAGAAGCUGGCUUCCUGGUCCUGAAGAGCUCCAGCUUCAAGGUGGUUCCUGUGAGUCUAGCAGAGGUUUACCUGCUGCAGCUCAACAUGCGGUUCCCCACCCAGUCAUCCUUCCAAAGGGUCCUGCCUCUGCUCAACAUCACUGUGGCUUCUCUGCACCCUCUGACCGAUCAGCAGCUGUUUGAGGCGGUGAACGCAGGCUCUCUGAGUGGCGGAACAAUCCAGUGGGCGGAGUUUGUGCAGCGCCUGGAGCAGCUGUCCUCCUUCCUGCUGCGGCGGAACGACGGCAGCAGGAUGCUCAACUACCCGUCCUUCAGGGAGUGGCUGGUGUGGAGGGAGGAGGGGCAGGACGACAGGUUCCUCUGUGACCCCAGGAGUGGACACACUCUCCUGGCCUUCUGGCUCUGCAGACAGGAGGGGAAACUGAACCGACAACAGACUCUGGAGCUGGGACAUCACAUCCUGAAAGCUCACAUCUACAAGGGUCUCAGUAAGAAGCUUGGGCUUUCCUCCUCUGUUCUUCAGGGGCUGUGGUUGUCCUACAGCACAGCUAGCCUUAGUCCAGUUCUGACGUCUCUGCGGAACCUCUACACCCCCAACAUUAAGGUGAGCAGGCUGCUGGUUCUGGGCGGAGCCGAUGUGGAUUAUCGGACCGACGUCCUCGGCAACGCUCCCCUUCUGUGUGUCCACGCUCACCUGGGCCACACUGAUGUUGUGGCGCUGUUGCUCGACCACGGAGCUCAGGUGGAUGUUCAGUCACAUGAUGGUCAGACUGCUCUGGGAUUGGCUGCUGCAGCCGGUCAUCUGGACAUCGUCACCAUGCUGAGUCAGCACAGAGCCAAGGUGGGUCACACUGACAGCUCAGGCCGGUCGGCUCUGGUUCUGGCAGCGCAGCGAGGUCAUCUGGACGUGCUGCGCUUCCUGUUGAAGAGCUCCGACUGGAGCUGCACUUCCUGCUGCCACCAGCAGGGGGCGAGCAGGAGCCAGGCAGUGCAGCAGGGCCUGAUUGCAGCAGCCAGCAUGGGCCACUCAGAGACGGUGUCUUUUUUACUGGACCUCCCUGAAGAAGAUGAGGAGAAAGAACAGAGACCUGAGAUCAACAUCUAUGACAGUUUGUGGGGAGAGACAGCUCUAACAGCAGCAGCAGCACGUGGUCAGCUGUCCGUCUGCAGGAUGCUGCUGGACCAGGGAGCAGCUGCAGAGCAGGGCAACAGGCAGGGGGUCACGCCGCUGUUCAGCGCUGUCAGAGGGGGUCACUCGCAGGUGGUGGAGCURUUACUGAGCCACGGUGUGGAGGUGAACAGGAUGGACCAGCAGGGUCGGACCGCUCUGAUGACAGCAGCCUCAGAGGGACACCUGCGGCCCUCCCAGCUGCUGCUGGAGCACGGAGUCUGUCUGGAUCAGACAGACAGGGAGGGGUUAACGGCGCUGAGCUGGGCAUGUUUGAAAGGUCAGCUGGUCUUGGUCCAGGAGCUGGUGGAGAGAGGAGCUGACACAGCUCACGCUGACCGCAGCGGACGCACUCCUCUGGAUCUGGCAGCUUUCUGUGGUGACCCUGAAGUGGUUCAGUAUCUGGUGGAUCACGGUGCCUCGGUGGAACACGUGGACUGCAGCGGGAUGCGUCCUCUGGACCGAGCCGUCGGCUGCAGAAACACUUCAGCGGUCAUCGCACUUCUCAAGAAGGGAGCCAAAAUAGGACCUGCAACGUGGGCCAUGGCAACUUCUAAACCUGACAUUUUAAUGGUUCUGCUGAGUAAAAUGAUACAAGAAGGAGACCGACUUUAUAAGCAGGGAAAGGUAAGAGAAGCCGCUCACUUCUAUCAGUCAGCCCUGCAGAAGUUUCCUGGAGAUGAGCUGAAGGCCUUCAAACAGCUCAGAGUGUGCGUGUUGCUCAACUUGUCCCGCUGCCGCCGAAAAAUGAACGACUUCAGCCUUGCCGAGGAAUUUGCUACAAAAGCUCUGGAGCUAAAAGCCAAAUCUUACGAGGCGUUUUACGCCCGAGCCCGUGCCAAACGGAGCCGCAGACAGUUCCAUGCCGCCCUGCAAGACCUUGAUGAAGCGAGCCGCCUGUGUCCAUCCAACCGGGAAAUCCAGCGCCUGUUGUCGAGGGUGAAAGAGGAGUGUUGGCAGGCUGCUCAGCAACCGGACUCUGUCAGUGAGUCCAWGUCCAGGGACUCAGACCACCUGCUGCUGCAGGACAGGGAGGACCAGAAGAAGAACCAGRAGGAGCUGGAGAGGGAAGAGGAAAAAAGACAAUUAUCUCUUUAUCCUCUGCAAACAAGUGAAAGUUUUGACCCCCCAUCAUCGCUCUCCCCUACCCACCGACAUCCUCACCUCCCCAGCCCCACCCACUCAGCAGGCCUCUCCUCACCCAGUCACCCUCCACCUGCCUUGUCCUCAURUCACCACUACAGUGCUCCUCCCUCACCACAGCAACAUCCACAGGGUGCGCCUGGAGGACCGUACCUCCAUCCUCAAUCUGUCUCAGCUCUGCAGCUCUCAGAUCUGAAUCAGGGACUGCAGCAGAACCACCUUGUGUCCGGUCAGAGGUCCCUCCAGACUCAGAACCCUGCCCAGGUUCAGUGGCUCCAGCAGGCCAAAGUGGAGGUGGUCAGGACCAGUCAGCCUAACUCCUCAACCCACUCCGGCAAGGUUUUGGGGAGUUCUGCCUACUCCCAGUUUGCUCAUCUACCCCAAGAGUUAGCAGAGCUGGGAGAAGGGUUUUACCCGAACCCUUUAGAUGUCAGGCCGACCCCUCCGGUCCGUUCUUCUUCUCAUGCCGUGGAUGAUGUGGAUCUCGUUUGCCAGACGAGAGCUAAACCUGCACACGGAAGAGGCUCAGGAGCCGAGAGGACAGGAGUCAGUCUCUUUGGCCAGUCUGGACUAUUUCAUCGCAACCCGUCCAAAGCAGCUUAUUACCCGAUGGAAGUCACUGAAGCAGCUGUGGAACAUCUGGACAGACUUCAGCCUUCACACAACUAUCAGUACUACCACCAGGGUGGUCUUCCACUCAGUGCCCACCCAACCUCCAGCUCYGCCUCUCCCAGGCCUCUCAUCCACACUCAGGGCGUCAGCAUCCGGUUCUCUUCCAGCAGUGGAAGCCUUGUUAGUGGGCCCCCAGCCAAUCAGGGCCAAGUCUUCAGGACCUCGGCCUCGGCCCAGCACAUGGACCUGCSUUUGGAUUCUAUGGGAGGGGUCUACGAUUACCAAGACCAUCUUUUUCUUAAUUCCUCUCCUCAGUCAGAGAUGUGCGUCCCAGGAGGCGGGACUUAUCCCGGAGAAGCAGGAGGCUCAUCCAGGAACACUCCGUUUAUGKGCGUAACCGACAAGACUGUAAGGGUGCCGCAGCAGUACCAGCAACCGGGUCCUACCAGUUCACCGUCCUGCCUGAGUCCCUCUCACUCCUGGGCUGUGUCUUCAGUGGACACUGUAGUUACCUCAGCUGGUGAGAGCCACGGAGGCUUCGCUCCACAUCAGCCUUCAUCCAUCGCCUACUACAACCGCAGCAACAACAAUGGCCACCACAUCCAGGACAGCCAGCCAGGUUUCUCUGAGCCACUUCCAGGUCACGGUCGACAGGRGGAAGGCUCGGUGCAGGGGACUUGUCAGAAUCCUUCCUAUCUUGACCUUAAGGUGGUCCGUCUGCUGCCAGAUGUCUACAGCUGCUCAGACAGACCACCGCAGAGAAGGACAGGUCCUAUGUCUCCUGUCAAACCAAAAAGACCCUUUGUAGAGUCAAAUGUGUAAGAAAUGAAGAAGGGUAAAAGUAGGCCGAAGCAAUGUGUGUACCAGUUUAUUCCAACAACGGUUAAUGUUCUGUUCUGAAACUGACUUGUUCGUAAAUCAUUCAGGAGACAUCRCUGAUGGUUCACACAGAUAUAACAUCCCAGCCUUCAGAUUCACUUCAUCCUGCAGACCAAGUACGACACAAGAAGAGACAGAAACAGUUUAAGAUGAAGAUGGACUCAAGAAAACCCACAAUCUGAUGAUGCAUCUGUAGUUUCAAAACAACCAGCACAGACUAAACUCAGUCAUUGCAAAGAUCAGCUUCACUCACUUGGGUUUUCUUAGCCAGACAAAAAGAAGUUGUGGGACAAAGAGGAAUGUCAGAUUCAAACAGAAUAAAGGACAAGCUGGAAGACACACACACGUCAACCUUCUGCUCUGGAUUCAUUGUARUUCUAAAGAAGCUCAGAGCUGCUGACAUUCAGACAGAAGUCUCAGAAGUGCUUCUGUUCCGGCUGGCUGCUGCCAUCAUCAUCAUCAUCAUCACCAUGUGUGUGAWAACAGUGAGUUAGCAUGAAAGGAUGGAUUCAGGUUCUAACAGUCAGAUUCUGAUCCUUGAAACCAGACCCAAGCCAUAGCUUUACUAAGUAGCACAAUGUUGUCAUUAAGCACWGAUUUGAUGUGCAUAAAAUGUGAUAUUUAUAUUUAACUGAACAAUUUGGUUUUAUGUUCAUUUGCUAAUUUUGGGGUCUUGAGUAGAAAACCUCUUUUUU